UCUGUCCUCCGUUCUGGGUGUGUCUGUCCCCACAGUGUCCACUGCUGUCCUUGCUCUGUGACUGCUGCCUGCCCUGCAGCUCUGACCGCCGCGGUGAGGCCUGAUUCUGGUCCUCUGGGAGUCUCCUGGCCUAACAGCUGUCACCAUGUCGGCCGCGCCCGGCCUCCUGCACCAGGAGCUGUCCUGCCCGCUGUGCCUGCAGCUGUUCGAGGCGCCCGUGACCCUCGAGUGUGGCCACAGCUUCUGCCGCGCCUGCCUGGGCCGCGUGGGAGGCGAGCCGGCUCCCGACGGCACCGUGCCCUGCCCUAGCUGCCAGGCCCCCACGAGGCCGCAUACGCUCAGCACCAACCUGCAGCUGGCGCGCCUGGUGGAGGGCCUGGCGCAGGUGCCCCAGGGUCACUGCGAGGAGCACCUGGACCCGCUGAGCAUCUACUGCGAGCAGGACCGCGCGCUUGUGUGCGGCGUGUGCGCCUCGCUCGGCUCCCACCGCGGCCACCGUCUGCUGCCUGCGGCCGAGGCCCACACGCGGCUCAAGGCUCAGCUGCCACAGCAGCAGCUGCAGCUGCAGGAGGCAUGCACACGCAAGGAGAAGAGUGUGGCCCUGCUGGAACACCAGCUGGUGGAGGUGGAGGAGACGGUGCGGCAGUUCCGGGGGGCUGUUGGGGAGCAGCUGGGCAAGAUGAGGGUGUUCCUGGCUUCCCUGGAAGGCUCGCUGGACCAGGAGGCAGAACGAGUUCGGGGCGAGGCCGAGGUUGCCCUGCGGCGGGAGCUGGCAGGCCUGAACUCCUAUCUAGAGCAGCUGCGGCAGAUGCAGAAGGUGCUGGAGGAGGUGGCUGACAAACCACAGACGGAAUUCCUCAUGAAAUACUGCCUGGUGACAAGCAGGCUGCAGAAGAUCCUGGCAGAGUCACCACCCCCUGCCCGUCUGGAUAUCCAGCUGCCUGUCAUUUCUGAUGACUUCAAAUUCCAAGUGUGGAAGAAGAUGUUCAGGGCUCUGAUGCCAGCGCUGGAGGAGCUGACCUUCGACCCGAGCUCGGCGCACCCCAGCCUGGUGGUGUCGGCCGCCGGCCGCCGCGUGGAGUGCGUGGAGCAGAAGGCGCCGCCGGCCGGCGAGGACGCGCGCCAGUUCGACAAGGCGGUGGCUGUGGUCGCGCAGCAGCUGCUGUCGGACGGCGAGCACUACUGGGAGGUGGAGGUGGGCGACAAGCCGCGCUGGGCGCUCGGCGUGAUGCUGGCGGAGGCGCCCCGGCGCGGGCGGCUGCAGGCGACGCCGUCGCAGGGCCUGUGGCUGCUGGGGCUGCGCGACGGGAAGGCGCUGGAGGCGCACGUGGAGGCCAAGGAGCCGCGCGCGCUGCGCACCCCCGAGCGGCGGCCGAGCCGCGUGGGGCUCUACCUGAGCUUCCGCGACGGCGUGCUCGCCUUCUACGACGCCAGCGACGCCGACGCGCUGGCCCCGCUCUUCGCCUUUCACGAGCGCCUGCCCGGGCCCGUGUACCCCUUCUUCGACGUGUGCUGGCACGACAAGGGCAAGAACGCUCAGCCGCUGCAGUACCAGGAAUUUCCAGCUCACCUGCUACUGCUGCCCUGA